AUGAGGCGAGAGCGUUAUGUACUUGAUCUGAAAUUUCCAGGUUUUCCUAUCCAGGUGAAACAAUUGCCACGUGAAGAAAUGUUCAAUGAAGUCUACUCUAACGAAAUUUUCUGUGAAAAGGUUGGCAAAGUAUUAACUGACGCAGCCAUUGGGUGGGUUUAUGGAUCAUGGUCGUCAUUGCCGGAUAUCAGCAGUAUCUAUCGAGAUGGGACUGACUUUCAUACGCCUAGUGGCCAGUUUGCAUGGGACCAAAACAUCCAUUUCACCAAUCAACGUCUCCAAGGCGUUAAUCCAGUCGUAUUAGAAUUAUGUACUGCAAUUCUAUCUGCUUUUAAAGUUACCAACAACAUGAUUAAACCGUUCUUGGAAGGCAAUACCUUAGAUCAGGCCAUUAAGACGAAGAAAAUGUUCAUUUAUGAUUUAACAAUGCUACAGAAUGUACCAGUUGGGGGUUCUCAAGAAAAUAAAGAGCUUAUUAAUUCAUAG